AUGAAGUCUACACUUGCAUUAUUUGCUCUUCCCGCAUUCACAUAUGCCCAGCAGUUAUGUGGACAGUUCGAGUCUCAUUCAGCGUUCGGGUUCUACGUCAAUAACAACGAGUGGGGUGCCGCGGCCGGCAAAGGGGAUCAAUGCACAUACGUCGAUAACAUCAAAAAGGACGGAGUAGCGUGGCACACCGACUGGACCUGGUCUGGGGGAGACUACAAUGUCAAGAGUUACCCAUACUCGGGCAGAGAGCUCCCCACCAAGCCUCUAGUCGGCAACAUCACAAGACUACCGACCCGAGCGCAAUGGCAGUACAACGGUAGCAACGUCCGGGCCAAUGUUGCCUACGAUCUCUUCACAGCAGCCGAUCCCAACCACAGUGGGAGCAGUGGCGACUACGAACUCAUGGUGUGGGUGGGAAACUUGGGCAACGUCCAUCCGAUCGGCGAAUCAAGAGGCAAAGUCACCAUUGACGGCCGGAGCUGGGAGCUUUUUGUCGGAAAUAAUGGCGACAUGAAAGUUUUCAGCUUCGUUGCCCCCGUCCAGGUCACAGACUUCGACUCCGAUAUCUUACCGUUCUUCGACCACAUGACAAAAAAGUAUAAAUUUCCAGCAAAGGAGCAGCAUCUUAUCACUUUCCAAUUCGGAACUGAGCCCUUCACUGGCACCAAGGCAAAGUUCGAUGUCUGGUACUGGAAUGGGGAAGUCCACUGA